CUCUUUCAAUUGUUUACAAUAUAGCUUUUGCCUUUGUCCAUUCAUAGGACACAUCUCGGAAUUUGUGGCUUUUUUAAGGUACCAGAAUUUAAUUGCUAUUAUGUCACAAAUUGAGACCGAGGCACCACCUGCCUACAGUCCGUAUAGGGGGGAUGAUACCGCAGGUCAGGCAGGAGGAGUCUCAGAUAUUAGCAAUCUUACGGAUUCUAUAGAUACAACAAUUACCCUUGCUCGUGAUACAUAUAGAUCAUGUAUCAAGUACAUAGAGGCCUUCGACCUAGUAGCUCACGAUGUUGUUGCCCUCUUCGCCCUUCUAGAGGUUAUAGGGGAGAGCGUGGAAGAUCAUGGUGUAAACCACGCAAUGGUCGAAUCCGCGACGAAACUCCUAUCAGCAUCUAAGGACUCUGUGUCAAAUCUACAGACUUUGGUGACGAAGUAUGAAGACCUCCCUGUGGAAAGCCAGAGGGUAUGGUUGCGCAUUAUGGGAGGAGCAGAAGAGCUAGUUGGUCUUCGAGGUCAGCUUAGGAAAAACAUUGAUUCAUCCAGUGCUCUGAAUAAGAACAUUACUAGCUCGUCACCAAAAGGUGUUCUAGAAAUGGUCCAGAAAUUCAUGUCAGAGAUUAGAACGGGCCAAAGGAAAGAGUCUAUUGUGUCUAGAUCCACAUCAUUAAACGUAGAAGAUGCCACCACGAGGAUCCAGAUACAACAAGAGCUUGAAGACGUCGGAAUCACCUCGCUACUCUUCAACCAAUUCCACGUGUUGAUAUUACAAACCCUUAUUACCGAAAGGGACCUACCACAACAAGCAGUCGCCAAAGCACCCCCUAAAGAGUCUCGUGUCACCAAGGCCCUCCAGAAUCUCAAAAUCAACCGCGAUCCAUCUGGAAAGUCUCACUCCCCUGGCCCUUCAAAUCCACCAACGGCAGGAACUGAAAAGAGCAGUCCCUCUGGUCCUUCAAAGACACCAACACCAGUCACUACACAGAGCGGCACACCCCCGGGGACAAUGAAUGACCUAAUCACAGCCAUCUCCCACGACGACCUCUCCCUCGUUGAACAAUUCCUCGACCGCGGCUUCGACAUCAACAGCCGCGACGAGAGUGGCCGUACCCCCCUAAUGGUCGCAGUCGGCUACAACAAAGUCGACAUCGCCGAGCUCCUCCUCCUUCGCGGGAUCGAUGUCAACGCCAAGACCUUCCACAGCGAAGAAACAGCGUUAAUAUCCGCCUGCGCGUCCGGGCGCGAUAAGAUAAUAAUGUUGAUUCUAGAGCUUGGGAAGCCGGCUCUGGAUCUGGAUGCGAGGGAUAGGAAUGGGCGCACUGCCUUGAUGAGGGCGAGUGCGCAGGGCUAUGAUCGGGAGGUCAAAUUAUUGGUGAAAGCGGGGGCGGAUCUGGAAGCAAAGGAUAAGAAUGGUAGGACUGCAUUAAAUGAGGCUUCGCGAUUCGGUCACGACCAGAAUGCUCGCCUUUUAAUUAAGCUUGGAGCGAAGAGGUGGUAAGGAAGAUAAAAUACCGUCAUAUGUUUUUUUAAUUAGACUUGGAGAUAUUUCGAGUUGUUUUUGCUCACAUCACCGUUCUUCCCACCUUGGAAAUAGAGAGAUGUUUCAAGAUAUAUUCCUCAC